AUGCAGGUCCCUUCCCCCAGAUGCAACAUGGCAGCAGCCAUGGAAACUGAACAGCUGGGUCUUGAAAUCUUUGGAACGGCUGAGAGCGAGGAGCAUGCUGAGGCCGAGGAGCAGCCAAAACCGGAACCCUUCUAUGUAGAGAGAUAUUCCUGGAGUCAGCUUAAAAAACUGCUCACAGACACUAGGAAAUACCAUGGCUACAUGGUGGCCAAGGCUCCUCAUGAUUUCAUGUUUGUGAAGAAAAAUGACCCCGAAGGACCCCAUUCAGAUAGGAUCUACUAUCUGGCCAUGUCUGGCGAGAACAGGGAGAACACGCUGUUCUAUUCGGAAAUUCCCAAAACCAUAAACAAAGCUGAAGUCCUAAUGCUUUCCUGGAAACCCCUUUUGGAUCUCUUUCAGGCUUCCCUAGACUACGGGAUGUACUCCCGCGAAGAAGAAUUACUGCGAGAGAGAAAGCGCAUUGGGACAGUCGGAAUUGCCUCUUACGAUUAUCACAGAGAAAGCGGCACCUUUCUGUUUCAGGCUGGCAGUGGAAUUUACCACGUAAAAGACGGCGGCCCUCAUGGGUUUACUCAACAGCCCUUAAGACCCAGUUUAGUGGAGACCAGUUGUCCAAACAUACGGAUGGAUCCAAAACUGUGCCCAGCUGAUCCAAACUGGAUUGCGUUUAUCCAUAGCAAUGACAUCUGGAUAUCUAAUAUACUAACCAGAGAAGAAAGGAGGCUAACCUUUGUCCAUAACGAAUUGGCCAACCUAGAAGAGGAUCCCAGAUCUGCUGGGGUAGCUACUUUUGUGCUUCAGGAGGAAUUUGAUAGAUAUACUGGCUACUGGUGGUGUCCGAAUGCUGAGCCAACUGUCACCGGAGGCAAAAUUCUUAGGAUUCUUUAUGAAGAAAAUGAUGAGUCAGAGGUGGAAAUUAUUCACGUCACAUCGCCCAUGCUGGAGACCAGGAGGACGGAUUCCUUUAGAUAUCCCAAAACAGGUACAGCAAAUCCAAAGGUCACUUUCAAGAUGUCUGAAAUAACAGUUGAUGCUGAAGGAAGAAUUGCAGCUGUCUUGGAUAAAGAACUAGUGCAGCCAUUCGAGAUCCUGUUUGAAGGAGUCGAGUAUAUUGCGAGAGCUGGAUGGACUCCAGAAGGAAAAUAUGCCUGGUCCAUCUUGCUGGAUCGCUCCCAAACACGGCUACAGAUAGUGUUGAUCUCCCCUGCAUUAUUUAUCACAGUAGAAGAUGAUGCUAUGGAAAGACAGAAACUAAUAGACGCCGUGCCUGACUCUGUUACGCCACUUAUUAUUUAUGAAGAAACAACAGACAUCUGGAUAAAUAUCCAUGAUAUCUUCCAUGUUUUCCCUCAAACCCGCCAAGAUGAGAUAGAGUUUAUUUUCGCCUCUGAAUGUCAAACGGGGUUCCGGCACCUGUACAAAAUCACCUCGGUUUUGAAGGAGAGCAGAUACAAGCGAUCAUGUGGCGGUCUCCCUGCUCCAAGUGACUUCAAGUGUCCCAUCAAAGAGGAAUUAGCAAUUACCAGUGGAGAAUGGGAAGUGCUUGGUAGACAUGGUUCCAAUAUUCGCGUGGAUGAAGCAAAGAAACUGGUGUAUUUUGAAGGCACAAAGGAUUCCCCUUUAGAGCAUCACCUGUACGUCGUUAGCUACGAGAAUCUCGGAGAGGUGAAGCGACUGACGGACCGUAGUUUCUCUCACGCCUGCUCCGUUAGUCAGGACUGUGACAUGUUCAUCAGUAAAUUCAGUAACCAGAAGAACCCGCACUGUGUGUCACUGUACAGGCUGACUGCUUCUGAAGAUGAUGUUGCUCACAGAACGAAGGAAUUCUGGGCCACGAUUCUAGAUUCGGCAGGUCCUCUUCCCGACUAUGUUCCCCCAGAAAUCUUCUCCUUUGAGAGUUCCUCGGGCUUUACGCUGUAUGGCAUGAUGUACAAACCUCACCACCUACAACCCGGGAAGAAAUACCCCACUGUCCUCUUCAUAUACGGAGGGCCUCAGGUGCAGCUGGUAAACAAUCGGUUUAAAGGAGUCAAGUAUUUUCGCUUGAACACGCUGGCCUCACUGGGUUACGUAGUUGUUGUAAUUGACAACAGGGGGUCCUGCCACCGAGGGCUUAAGUUUGAAGGUGCCUUUAAAUACAAAAUGGGUCAAAUAGAAAUUGACGACCAAGUGGAAGGGCUGCAGUAUUUAGCAUCCCAGUAUGACUUCAUUGAUUUAGACCGAGUUGGCAUUCAUGGCUGGUCCUAUGGAGGAUACCUGUCUCUGAUGGCAUUAAUGCAGAGGUCAGACCUCUUCAGGGUUGCCAUUGCUGGAGCACCAGUCACACUGUGGAUAUUCUAUGACACAGGCUACACAGAGCGUUACAUGGGACACCCUGAUCACAACGAGCAGGGAUAUUAUCUAGGAUCAGUGGCCAUGCAAGCGGAGAAGUUUCCUUCAGAACCGCACCGUCUGUUGCUGCUGCAUGGUUUCUUGGACGAGAAUGUUCACUUUGCACACACAAGUAUAUUGCUGAGUUUUUUAGUGAGGGCUGGAAAACCAUAUGAUUUACAGAUUUACCCUCAGGAAAGACACAGCAUAAGGGUCCCCGAGUCUGGAGAGCAUUAUGAACUCCAUCUACUGCAUUAUCUGCAAGAGAAUCUUGGCUCUCACAUUGCUGCACUGAAGGCAAUGUAAUUGUGACCUCUGUGGAACUCUGAUACACUGGCUGCUUAACCAAAUGAGGAAAUUGAUCUUUAGAGAAAAUAGAACAGAAUGUUGCAUUUUGGUGCCUGCCACAUCUGCACACACGCACACUUUUUUUUUUUUUUUUUUUUUUAAAGUAAACUAGGUGCCAUACAAGGAAACUACAGUACAAUGGCCUAAUAAUUUUUAAAAUGGAAAUAAAAUCAAAUGUCUGUGGCACGCAGCAGUACCAUGCAAAUUCUUUUGGAAGAAGCUGAAAAUUCAGUAACACAUUUCCACCACACCAUAUCUUCACCAUUUGAAAACAUUGAGCUGUGCGAGUCUAAUUGGUGUAUUUUUUUACAGUGUGUUUCUCAGUUUCGUACAACAAGGUAAUAUUGGAUGAUUCGCUCGCAUCAUGGCAAAAAUCUGUCUGGAUGGUUACAACUUGGAUAGCAUUUAAAAAUGUAAUGUGUAAUAGUUUAUGCUUCGUGCAAGGGAUGUCUGGCUCAUUAGGAAUUAGCUGCAUAUUAGACACAUUAUAUAACCAGAUGUUGGGGAUAAUUAUUUUUAAAAAGAAACACUUUUAGCUGCCUCCUGAAGUUUAUAAUUUGGUUUUAACUAAGAUCAGGCCAGUUUUUUCAGUGAGCUCAUCUCUGUGUAGUACAAAUCUUGCUGCUUUUUUCUUUUGUAGUGUGAUAAACAGUUUGCACCUGAUUUCACACAGGGAGGUGGAAAAUGUAUUUUACAAUAACAUGGGCAGAAGAGUUAGCCUUGUAUUCUGAGAAGCAAACUAGAUUUAAGCCAAACAGCUGAAACUUUGUAUAUUUCUCAUAUUUUAAAAAUACAACCUAUUCCCAUGGACUUUCACCCUAUGUGCAUUUUGGGGCUGUUUUCAAAAUACUUUCCUAUCUCAGUGGGUGGGUGUAUAAAUAUUCCCCCACUAAGAUUUUAAAAUUCCAACACCCAAGUGCAAGUGUCCACUGGGGAGUUGGUAAGAUGGGGCCUAUCAACACUACAUUGAAGCAAUGCAAAUUGUGUUUUACUAAAUUUUUUGUUGUCAUUAUUCUAGCAUUAUUCUCAGAUCAGUGUUGAGAAAGUUUAUUGUCCUAGUCACCCUGCUCCCCUAUAUAUACAUAUACAUACACAGACUCCAUCACCCUUGAGUCGUCUCUAGCACUGCGGUGUAGCAUGGUCAUAUGCUGUCCUCCGAGAGAAACCCUUGUCUGUGUUGCUUAAGGUAAUGCUGCUAGAAGCUAGCACCCUGCAAUAUUAAAAUCACAUUAAAGCACGAUUUUCUUUGCUAGUGUGGUUUUAACUGUGAUAUGGACUUGGCUGAAAAACGUGAAGUGUUUGAAAAGACUUUUAACUUUCAAAAUGUUAUUUAAAAUAGAACUCCAUAGUCAGAUUAUUACUUUUAAACCAGAAAACUCUGCCUGGGGUUUCUGUGUUAGCUUCCCAUAAUUUUUAGGUACUUUCUUUUAAAAAACCAAGAACUUUUUCCCUUCUAUUUUGAUGCUACAGAGGGAGAAGCAGAGCAAGAUUCUCUUUUCAUCUUUUGAAAUCUGGAUGCCCUGUGGCUUGUGUUCCUACUUGAAAUACCCCAAAUAUUGUAGCAAUGUGCUUUAAUAACUUUUGUAGGUGUAUGAAUGAUCAGCAGACCCUAGAACUCUAACAUUUAAAACAAUAGGCCCUGACCUUGGUGUUCGUGACACUAGUAUUAAUUGGGAAUAACUCCACUGGAAUCAGUGGAAUCACCUGGAUAGAAGAGCUGUGUAAGAGACAGCAGAAUCAGGUCCAUUGGCUUAUGCUAAAGGUAGUCAAAGCAAACACACUUCCUGUAAGCAUACACCUUUUUUUUUUUUUUUUUUUUUCUUCCCACACCCCACACAAUUAUUCUGAAUUGGACUGAUGAUAUUUAAAGUCCUGUAAUUUACACCAUCAGCAUAUGGAAAAUAGGUUUAUAGGUUUUUAUUUUGGGGAACUGGGGGAAUGGAAGGAGGAAUGGAACUGGGGGAAUGGAAUACCUACACUGUCUUCUCUGUACCAACAAUAGCUAAUUAUUGUAACUGAAGUGAAUUCCCUUCAGAAAAAGCGGGCGUUUUCAGCCAUCCUAUGGCAUGUGCUGUAGUUAGUAUUUACAGACAAGCUGGUACAUUGAUAAGCUUGAAGAAUAACAAUGUGCCAGUUAGUAUAAAAACUACAAAUUUGUUACUAUGGUAUCCCACCUGGUUCUUUACGUAUUUAUGCUGUAGUGUAUAUAUACAUAUAUCUAUGGGCAUGUCUACACAGCAAAAGAAAACCCAGGGCAGCAAGUGUAACAGCCCAGCUGAACUGACUCAGGCUUGUACUGCAGGCUAACAAUAGCAGUGUGGACAUUCAGGCUUUGGACUCUGGGACUCGCACCGCAGGUUCUUUUGUUGCUUUGUAGAUGUCCCCUGCAUCGGUCCGUAUAUACGUAUAUGUAUAAAAUAACACGUGGAUGGUAUCACAUUUUCCAAGGUUGUUUAUAUUUUGUUCAAUGUUAAAUUAACUGGCGUUUGGGGGUGUAUUUUUGUUCCUCCUCCAGAGAUUCUCUCUUGAAUAUAAAUGUAUAUGAUUCUGAAGUAAAAAUCGAUUCUUUUGUACAAAGCGGCCUCUAUGGAACAGUGCUUACAGCAAAGGAGGCAUUAAAUGCGAUUCUGGUAAUCAAAUCUAGAUUUUGGUUUAGCACUGAACAUAACAUUGCUUACAUGUAACUUUUUAAUAAUGCAUUCGCUCUUUAUUUUAAAUAUGUCUUAUAUAUAUAUCAGAAAACUAUUAAAGUACCAAGUAUGU